GUGAGUGAGCGAGCGCACGAGUACUCUGAGUUCAUGAGAGCGUCUGCACACACAUCAGAGUCACUCCAGUCACAGUAGGACAACACAACAGAUUACCAUCACACAGCACUGAGAGAGACCGGGCGAGGAAACCUAGAAGAAAGAGAUUGACAGACAGCAGGUCUUCAUUAAAAGGGCACAUCGGAGGACUGACAAUAGGAGCAAGAGCCGUAGGUCGGUGGUGCGUGAACUUUCCCUUCUUGUCUUCUCUCUUUGGUGCCCGAGAGGUCACCACCUCAGCAAGUCAAGAUGAUCCUGGAGGUCUUUCUGAGCUUGUGGCUGACAGUUCACGGAGUGAAUGCGGUGUUUUCUCAGCAGCCUCAGGACUUGGUAGUUGUGGCUGGUCAGCCUGUUACACUACCCUGCUCCAUCCCUGGUUACCAUGGCGUUGUACUUUGGCUCAGAGAUGGCCUUGCAUUGGGAGUUGGAAGAGAUCUUGCAGGUUAUCCUCGUUACGCUGUGGUUGGGGAUCAUGGAUCUGGCGAGCACCACCUGCGCAUCCAGAAGGUGGAGCUGAUGGAUGAUGCUGUGUUCGAGUGCCAGGCCAUUCAAGCAGCCAUGAGGUCCCGUCCCGCUCGACUUACUGUGCUAGUUCCACCUGAUGAUCCCAUGAUCACCGGCGGGCCUGUUGUGAGCCUGAGAGCAGGCGAUCCCCUCAAUCUGACAUGCCACGCGGACAACGCCAAACCUGCCGCCUCUAUCAUUUGGAUCCGAAAUGGAGAAGUGCUGAACGGAGCCAUGUACUCCAAGACUCUUCUUCGAGAUGGGCGGAGAGAAAGCACCGUUAGCACGCUCUACAUUUCAGCCUCCAACAUUGAAUCCGGACAGAAGAUCAUCUGCCGAGCGUCUAACAAGGCCGUGCCCAAUGGGAAAGAGACCAGUGUCACUAUUGACAUCCAACAUCUACCGUUGGUGAAUCUCUCAGUGGAGCCUCAACCAGUCCUGGAGGGAAACCUGGUGAAGUUUCACUGCUCAGCCAAAGCUAAUCCACCAGUCACCCAAUACAAGUGGGCAAAAGGAGGAAGUGUGAUAAAGGAAGUGUCUGGAGACACUUACGAGGUCAUAGUGGACCACUCAUUCUUCACAGAGCCAGUUUCCUGUGAAGUCACUAACCCACUAGGCAGCACCAACAUCAGUCGAAAUGUGGAUGUCUACUUUGGACCUCGGAUGGCUGCAGAGCCCCAGUCGUUGCAGGUCGACCUCGGAUCAGAUGCUGUGUUUAACUGUGCCUGGACAGGAAACCCUUCUUUAACUAUUGUAUGGAUGAAAAGAGGCUCUGGAGUGGUGCUAAGCAAUGAAAACAUCCUGACGCUGAAAUCAGUCCGGCAGGAGGAUGCUGGGAAAUAUGUGUGCCGUGCAGUUGUGCCUCGCGUUGGAGCAGCUGAGAAAGAAGUCUCUCUCACCGUGAAUGGACCUCCGACCAUCUCGAGCACACAGACCCAUCAGGCUCCACACGGUGAAAAGGGCCAGAUCAAAUGCUUCAUCCGCAGCACGCCUCCGCCAGAUCGCAUUGCCUGGUCCUGGAAGGAGACCGUCCUUGAGUCAGGGACGUCCGGUCGCUAUACAGUGGAGACUGUAAGCACAGAGGACGGAGUGCUGUCCACUCUGACCAUGAGUAACAUCGUACCCGCUGACUUCCAGACCAUCUACAACUGCACCGCCUGGAACAGCUUUGGCUCCGAUACUGAGAUCAUUCGCCUCAAGGAACAAGGUGGGAGCCAAGACUCCCUGCCUGUUGCUGUGGUCAUCGGCGUGGCGGUCGGAGCGUUCGUGGCUUUCAUUGUCCUGAUGGGAACGAUAGGAGCGUUCUGCUGCACUCGAUCACAGAGAAAGAAAUCAGCGCAUCUAUGUACAGAAGACGCUCACCUGGUUAUGCCUACACUGCCCACCUCCAUCUGUGCUCAGCAGAGAGAACUUGCAAGCAAAAUUAAGACAGAAAACCUCAAAGGUGUGGUAUCAGCCAAGAACGACAUCCGCGUGGAAAUCGUACACAAAGAUCACAACGCGGCCCGAGAGAGCGAGGAACACUCAGGCAUGAAGCAGCUCAUGAUUGAACGUGGAGAGUUUCAGCAGGAGUCCGUUCUGAAGCAGCUUGAGGUACUUCAGGAAGAGGAGAAAGAGUAUCAGCACAUCAAGGAUCCCACUAAUGGAUACUACAGUGUGAACACAUUCAAGGAGCAUCAUGGCACUCCAACCACAAUGGCAGGAAACCAGACCACAGAGCUCCGCCGAGACCCUGCCACAGCCACCACCGGCAAACAGCGAGUUCCCACAGGAAUGUCUUUCACCAACAUCUACUCAACCUUGGGUGCUGGACCCAACCGCCUGUACGACUACAGCCAGAGGUUUGUGCUUGGUAUGGGCAGCAGUUCCAUUGAGCUUUGUGAGCGAGAGUUUCAACGCGGAUCGAUGAGCGACUCCAGCUCUUUCCUGGACACACAGUGCGACAGCAGCGUCAGCAGUUACAGCAAGCAGGACGGAUACGUGCAGUUUGAUAAGGACAGCAAGGCAUCGGCCUCUUCUUCAUCUCAUUACUCCCAAUCAUCAUCCCAGAACUCAGACCUCACGCGGCCCCUGCAGAAACGCAUGCAGACCCAUGUCUGACUGCAGGAGAUGGACAGAAGACAGAGGAACCCAGCGUCGAUUUGGCCAAAGGGGCUUGAAUCCCAAGCAGACGAGAAUCAGGAAUCAAUUCAAGCACAUCUAAUAUGCCAGUUUCUUUUUAUCCUCCACUUUAUGUCAUUCUUCGAUAGGUGGAUUUCCUCAUUUGUCCAAAUCGUAUUCUUUACAGCUCUGAAAAGCCUUACCGUUUUCAGAACCUCGUCUUGGACUACACUUCCAAAUGCCCGAAAUAUCUGGGCCAAAAACUUUCUCUAAACAACCGUGUGCCACAGUGAUGUUACUUGCCAACACAGAAAGACCCUGAAAACAAAGUUAUAGAUCCGAUAACUUUGUUAGAGAAUGAUUGACCUCAGAGAAUGAACAGCGACACUGCAUAGAAGAGGUCUUUGAAAAGGGUUGAUGAAGGCUACAAUCCUUACCUCUGUAGUCCAGACACUCCUCUGCACCGCUGGAGGACAAUGCUUGUUUGCUCCUGUACAUUUAAGCACAACUGUCAAAAGUUGUAUGUAAGAUUUCUCAAUGCCUCUACCACAAGCUAGUUACGCAAAAGAAAAAAAAGGACAAAAAAAAUUAAUAAUGUAUAAACUAAAGUAAUGUCGGUCGGAAUCUUUGAAUUCUGGCCAUUCUGUCAAAGGUUGGUCUAAUGUACAAAUGAGAGAAUCUCAGAUAGAAAAUGGCAUUGAGCUGUCAGUUCACCAUUCAGAGAUAAGAUAUAUUUGUGUACCUAGUUGUUCUUUCUUUCUUAACAUUCUUUAUUUUCAGUGUAUCAACAUGGUUUGUACUGGAAAAUAAGAGAAUGACAAAAUCUCGUCUACUUGCCUUGAGUAGUACUAUUUAAGGUGUGCCGAUGCUUGAGGAAGUUUUUUAAAACUUUUUUACAAUAAUAUAAUUUGGUGUCAACAAUGCGACCAUGUGUGAACAAGGAGUUUUGGAUUUAAAAUGAAAAGAAGCGCUUAGUCUUAUGUCCUAUUGUGUGAAGUCGAAUUAUAACACUGGAAAAUCCAUCUGAGCUUUUAAAACGUGUGCUAGAUAUAUUUUCCAAAUGCUUCUUUCACAUGGAAUCAGAGAUGCAAGUGUAUCCACAGCUUGCUCGGGUCUACUGUUUAUAAGGCUGCCGUUGGAGUGUACUCUCACUGUUAUAAGUGAGCAAUUUGUGUACAUUUAUUUAAAUGGGUGGGGGGGUAUGUGUGUGUUCAUACGUAUUGUAAAUGUAUGUUUUAUUUUUCUCAUUCUUUUAGUUCACAGAACUGAAAUUGCAACCAAUGGCACUACUGAUAACUCAAGCACUUCUGCACUCAAACACGUGUACGGUAAACUCACUAUUAGUCCUGAAUCAGCAUACUGAAAUUAAGCCAACAGCAAUCGAGCGAGCAAUGCAUGCUACAUUUGAUGUGCAGAGAGAGACAAACAAAACUUCAUGAAUCAAAUGGUGUGGUGUACACCAACUAAGGGUGCUUUCACACUAGUACUUUUGGUCUGCACCCAGGUUGGUUGGACGUCCAAGUACGGUACGUUUAGCUAGUUUGAAUGUGUCUUCUGAACUCUAGUGUGCACCUGUGAACCAUACCCGAGUCUGCCUGAACUCUACUACGAUUCACUUCUGAUAUGAAUGAAAUCGUACCAAAUAACAGAAGUGAACUGCCAACUGUACAACAAACUUUAGUUUUCAUAACGUUCAUUUGUGUGUGUAUGUCUGUGUAUCACCUACCUUGGUGAUAAGCGGGACUGACCCAGUGCA